UGAUUCAAUUUACUCUUUGAAGAACUUGGCAAUUCGACAAGGCAACCUGAUUUGAAGAUUGGCAAAUUGGAAAAUCAGUAAACUUGAGGAUCACAUUAUUGUUUAGGGUGGGGAUGUUGCAUGCCUGCCUCGGGCUGAAGGUAUGUUGAAGGUAAUAAGUCAUCAUCUGCAGCUUUGUACAAUUGUACGUAGUUGAAGUGUUUGAGUGAGUGUUGUGAGUAACUCCAAGGGGAUAGAUCGAUGGGGAAGUUGAAGUAAUUAAGUAACACCAAGGGAAGGGGAGGUGUGAAUUACCAUUGAAUUGAAUAAUCCAAUCCAAUCUUCUAAAAGUUGUAGUAUUACAUACAACUCACUCCAUCUUUGUUUGAGGAGGCGGCAAAGACCACUGCCACUAAAGGCACCGGCGGUGCUGCUGCUACUUCAUGCCCAGAUAUGAUGCAAACUUCCACUGAUUUCGGUGUUGACAUCAAGGAGAUAGAAGGAAAGCCGAGCUUUCUACCUGUAUUUAGAUCUCGAAGCUGUGUUGAGAUGGGACCGAAGCAGUACAUGGAGGAUGAACACAUUCGAAUAGAUAAUGUAGGUGAGUAUUUGGGAGAAUCUGCCAGUUUCGGGGUUCUCCAGGACCUUUCUAUGGGAGUAAAAUGGUGCUAUCUGAGAUUCCAAAGGGCAUUGGGAGACUGGCAUAUGAAUGCUCCAAAGGGCUCCGCCUGCCCCUUGAGUGCAGAGCCGGAGAUGCAAGAGAUUAUAUUGACAGAUGACGAUGAGUUCCUAAUCAUGGGGUGCGAUGGUCUUUGGGAUGUGAUGAGUAGCCAGUGUGCUGUGACAAUGGCCAGGAAGGAAUUGAUGAUGCACAAUGACCCCGAGAGGUGUUCAAGAGAGCUAGUUAGAGAAGCCCUCAAGCGCAACACUUGUGACAACUUGACAGUAAUCGUGGUUUGUUUCUCCCCGAUCCUCCGCCUCAGAUAGAAACGCCUCAAACACGAGUCAGGCCGAGCGCAUCAACAUAACGGAAAGAUCCAUCUUCUAAAAGGCGUAUUAGAAAGCAAUGUAACGUUUAUCCGUUACUAUUAUUAUAAUAUUAGGAUAAGUUAUGAUAAUAUUCAGUA